AUGGAGGGCGGCCCAGAGCAGCUGCAUCUGCCCAAGGCACUAGGGGAGAAAGGGGAUGGGCAGGCCUUGGCUGAAAUCCAGGAGUUGGCUCUGAAGUGGUUCAUGGAGACUCAGGCCCCCUCUAUCUUGCAGAACGGAGCUCUGCCCCCCUGGUUUCAUGGAUUCAUCACCCGCAAGCAGACAGAGCAGCUACUCAGGGACAAAGCUCUCGGUUCCUUCCUCGUCCGCCUCAGUGACCGGGCCGUUGGCUACAUCUUGUCUUACAGGGGCAGUGAUCGCUGCCGCCACUUCGUCAUCAACCAGCUCCAAAAUCGACGUUACCUUGUCUCCGGAGACACCCUCAGCCACAGAACCCUGGAAGAACUCCUCCGUCAUUACCAGGAGGUGCAGCUUGAGCCCUUUGGAGAGACCCUUGCUACUGCUUGCCCACGGUUAGAGGAAAAUGACCUCUAUGAUGCUGUCAACACGGGCCUCCAGCAGACUAGUCUAGGCCUGGAAAACCCAGCUGCCAUGGGAUUUCCCAUUGUGGUUCCUGAGAAGGCCACGAGCCCCCGCCUUCCUGCAAAACCUCAGAUCUCCUUCCUGCACACCAAGAAAGGCCUGGAUGUGAAUCCCUGGACAGUCUCCAAAGAGGAAAGUGCAGAGGCACCCACUAGAGGGCCCCCUAUUCCCCAGAGGAGUCCCUCUCUUCUGGAUGAGCCUUCUGCAGGCCCCAGCGACAUCAUAUACGCGGACCUGAAGAAGACAAACCAGGCACAGCAAGGCUUGGGCAUAGACGUAUCUAGCAGGCACAGGCUAGCUCCAGCUGGCAGCCUGGCUUGUUCCCCAGGCAGGAAGCCCUCAAGGAAACUCUCAGAUGAAGACCAGAACAAUCCCAACAACCCAGAGCCUGCCCCAUGUGGGGUGAAGACAGACCAGAGUGCUGCCAUGUCUUAUGCUUCCUUAGGAUUUUCCCUGCCCCCCAAUUCUGAGGUCCCAGGAUCACGGGCUGCUACUUGGAGACAGGGGUUUCUAAAGCUGAGCCACGAGGCUCAGUCCUCCUCUGAGGCCAGUUCUACAGAUACCUACCAGCUUGCUGGGACUACAGGCCUACGACAGGAGGGUAAGGACAGACCAGGCCAAGGAAACACUACUUAUGAGCAGAUUCCAACCUUCUGGCAUGGCACUGCCAAGCUCCCAUACCCUGAAUUCAGCUCCACAUACAGCCAGCUAUUAGGGCCCAUGGACUGUGGCUUUGAGAUCUCAGGGACUUCUCGGGUCCCAGAGCCAGGGAACAACUAUGAGCAAAUCCCAGCCUCCAAGAACAAGGACAUUGGACGGGUGACCAAGCCUGACAAGUUCCGGAGGCUCUUCUUCACGGACAAGAAGCACAAAUUCUGA